AUGGCCUCAUGGUAUAGGUCGCAGAAGACUGGCGGCGAUCUAACUGAAAAAGCCCAAGAUUUCAACAUGCUAGGAGGCGACUUGUUGAAGCUUGUUGAAUCAAACCUGGUGGAGCUGAUGGAUACCCCCUCAGUGACAGCCGUCCAGACCUGCAUUCUUUUGGGAUCCCAUCACGUUUACCAUGGUCGGCCGAACCUUUCAUUCUCCUUAUUAGGCGCGACUAUCAAAAUGUCACAAUCUUUGGGCCUACACCGAGGACUGUCACGAGGAAGUUUUGAUGAUAUCGAAGAAAGGAAAAGAGUUUGGUGGACGGUUUACACAUGGGAUAGGUUUGCAUCAAUCACAUACGGUCGGCCCUUGGGCAUCAACGACAAGGAUUGCAAUCUCAACAUGCCAUCAGACGUGCUCGAGAACCCGAAAUUUGUUCACCCGCCCACAGGACAAACCAACAGCAUAUGCUAUUCAACUUAUCAACGGGAGCUGAACCAGCUUUACUUGAUUGCUUCGCCAGCUCUGAAGACCGUCUUUGGCUCACGGACUCUGAGGACUUCUGAACAUCUCAAUGGACCUACUUAUUUUGCCCUUGUUGGAAAAAUCACAGAACAUCUCCAAAGGUGGAGAUCUUGCUUACCAAGUCAUUUGAUAUUGGAUCUUGAUCAAGAUUUUGAUCCUAAUAGCGCAUCAAGUUCAAGGGCAUAUGCUUUACAAUCACUCUCCUUACAACUCACCUAUGACAACGUUCUCAUUGUGCUACAUCGCCCCUUGUUAGCGAAACAGGUCGAUCAUCUCUAUAUCGCAAACAAGCGAUCACCAAAUGAGCGCGAAAUGGAUACACCGAUGCACCCUUCAACCACCUCCCCCUCAGUGACCCAGCCGAAUGUGCAAACAGAACCUUCAGCUCUUGGCAGUCAAACCACUAGCUCCGAGUUAUGGAUGAAAGCAGCGACACGGACAUCGAGGAUUACUGAACUACCCGCUCUUGCACAGCUUGCGACUGAUAGCCACCUCGUCGCCUUCCUGGCCAUAAACCUGUUCAACGCUGCAAUAGUGCUGGCUGUCAUGGCUCUUUCCGAGCCCUUAUCUGAUACCGCUCAGGAGGUCAAGCGAACUAUCACUCGGAUACUUCGUCUGCAGGACUUGCUCGGCAGACGGUCAGCUCUGUCAAAACAGAGUACUGCUGUUCUGAAGAAUGUUGUCGUGAUGCUUCUUCGUCGGGAAUCGGCUGCCAUGCUCGCACCCAUCACUGCGAAUGCCCAAGCAGUGAGCCACAUACCUCUUCACACCGUGGCAGAUCCAAAUUCAUUCUCAGUGGAGGAUACACUGAGAAUGCCACUAGAUGCCGCUUUGGAUCCUCGCAGCCAUCUCUCUAUGAAUGAAAGACUUCCAGAUCUGAGCAGGGCUGACCGACUCAAUGAUAGUUUGACAUCUGUUCAGCAUGGUAAGAAUAAAUCCGCAACUACUGUCUAA